GUCACUGGGGAUUUUUUAGGGAGGUCUGUUUAUUUAAACGACACAAAAUCAAAUACGAAAUUGGGGUUUUCCUGGCAGGAAUGUCAGACUCUGGGGAAGAGGGCACCGGCGAAAACCACCAGAGUAGCACCAUUGAAAAGAACUCUCCCGCGGAUAUUUUCUGGGAAGCGGAGGAGGAAGAUCACGUGAAUGGAGAAAAUGAGGAGCCACAAGAGGAGAGUAGUUCUCCUCUAAGUUUCAAACCCAGGGUUACUCCCGUGGUUCCGAGACCCACCGUGGCAUCGGAAUACGCUUCUUCUGUGCAAUCGAAUUUUGGAGAAAUCCCGAGCCCAGAGGGUGAACCCACUCGUUUAACUAGUAAAAUCCGCCGAUUGGAAUACUUUCGCAGUGGAGUCGAUGCCGAUUGUCAGGUACAUGUUUUGAGUACCUGUGCCCCUUCGGAUGAUCCGGAGGGCAGUGUCUGCUACAAGAAAUUCGGCUGCCACCGGAUUUUCCUGGCCACCGCCUCCGACAAACUGGAGCAUGAUGUGUAUCAAAAUAAACAAUGGAACGGUGUUCUUCAAAUUAAUGGAGUUUCUCCAGAAAGCGUGGAGCUUUUUCUAGAGUUUAUAUAUACCUUUGAGAUCACCUCAUCGUUGGUUCAAUUGAGUAUGGUGGGGGAUAUAUUCAUUCUGUCCUGCGCCUACAACAUGCCUGAGCUCCUGCUUUCCUUUUCCGAGAAAUUGAAGGAGAUCGAAUGGCCAAUAGAUGAAAUCUUUCCGGCUUUUGAACUAGCGUUUCGGCACAACAUGUUCGAUCUGGAGAGGAUUUUAAUGGAGAAAAUUAUGGAUAAAGCCAAUGAUGUCAGCCAGGAACCAAGUCUAAUGAAGCUACAGGUUUAUGCCUUUAACUAUGUGAUCCAGCACUGGUUGGUGAUGGAGUUGGUGCCCUUGAAAGAUCUAAUGAAUUUAGUGAAGCAAUACCAGGAGAUUAACGAAAUUACUUUCACAAAUACCACGAAAUUUCCUCACUUUUCCAAGGUUAUAAAACAUUUUCCCAAUGUUCUUUUAGAUGCAGAGGGAAAUAUUUUCAGAUUUUAGAUGGGGAUCACUAAAUAAAAUAUCUAAUAUUUAAUAAUA